AUGAAGCAAACUGCGCUAGCCAUUGCUGUCCACGGACCGCUUCAUUGCUUGGGGUGGAUUCUAUUUGCCAUUCUACUGCUGAACGCUGUGAAGAAGGCCGAUGCUUCUUCGUACGUUAAUCCGUCGCCCGAGGGCGAGUCGUGGGCCCCAUGUGGGUUUGCAGCCGAGCAACUCGCUGCAGAAGGCAACGGAUCCACGUACGGGUCUUGCUUAGCAUGUGAUCCGACCAACUUUGAGUGCCCGCCCAAGUGCCAGCCGCUCAUCGACGCAAUGUACAAGCAGUGCGACGGUGUUUACGCGCCACAAGAUCAGUACUUCGAUCCCGCGCGCACACUCAACGGCUACUGGAACGACAAUUUUGGCGUUCUACGAGAGCAAGCAGCUCGAUGCGGAUGCAGCGACGCAGCAAGAACAUGGUUGCAGCAGUGGUUCUUAGCGCAGUUGGCAUUCGCAGCAGUGAUGAUGUCACAAGCGUUGACAUGCUGA